GAGGAAGAAGGGGAGUUGAUGCAGCGACGGUUGAUGGCAAAUCCUCCACUGCCAGCCGCCAUCCUGGUUGUAGCAAACCUGCUAUGGCGUCCACCGCUAUGAAUCCGAAAGGAAACUUUCGAAAGGUUGGCAAAGAGAAGGUUUUCUCGCUAGCUGAUGAAAGUGGGCUCCACGUAACGAACCGGGUGCGAGAGUAUGAGUUUACGCCCUUGAAGCAAAGCGCUACAGAUCCUGCCAUUCCAGGCAGCAGUGUAAAAGUAGAAAAGCAGGGAAACGCUCCUGCUGGUGGUGCAAAGGCAGCUUCAGGCCCUGUCAGUACGGCAGGCACGAUGCGCCUGGGAAUCAUGGAGCACCCUGUGGCCGCUGUGAGCGGGGCGCUUGCGCUUGUGGUCUUAAAGUCGCUCGUCAAGGGAAGGCGGCAGGCGCCAAAGAGGGGCCCAAGUGAUGCUUCAGACCACGCUCCAGCUGGCCUAGAGCUGGCUACUGAUCAACCAAUCUUUGACGAGCCCCCUAUGGUGAAAAGUGAACCAGAGAGAACCCCUGCCGUGGUCUUAGAGGAGGCUGUAGCUACUGUGGACACUUCCGCAUCCCCGGCCCCCACCACCAGCAGAGUAGAAGAUGCCGAAGAGUGCCCCGAUCCUGGGACUCCACGGUCAAUCCGCACUGUGUCCUCCACUGGGGGGGCGUCCCUGCGCAGCUUCUCAGUGGACGAGAGCCAGAUACAACGGCUGGCGUCGCUUCCAGUGGACGAGGGCCAGAAUCAACGGCUGGCGUCGCACCGCAAGGAAGCGGUCCUAAAGCUCCGGCAGCAGUUACACAGCCGGGACGAGAUGAUCUUGGACAUGCAGCAGCAGUUGGCGGCGCAGGAGCAUUUCACGAGGGAGAGCCGGACGAUCAUCAUGGAGCUCGAGCAACAGCUGAAGCAGGCGGUUGACGGGGGACAGAAGCUCGGGGUGGAAAACCGGGACCUGGAAGAUGAGGUACAAAAGCUGAAGGAGGAUCUCGAAGCGGGGCACAGGGAGAGGGGAAAUUCAGUGGACGAAAACAAGCAGCUGAGGGAGACGGUGGCGGAUUUGGAGGCAGAGGGCGACCAAUUGGAGGAGCGGGUUGUGGAACUAGAGAGGGCGAGGAAAGAUCUGGAUGAGGAGAGGGAUAGGCUAAGGGCGUCGGUGGAUGAGCAGCGGGGGGCGCUGCAGCAGGUGGAACUAGAGAGGGACAGAAUGGCAGGGGCGCUGAGGGAAAGGACGGAGGCCCUGUCGGAGGUGAAGGCGCGCUUGAACAGCAGCGCAAACGGGGUGAAGGAGGGGAGAACGGGUCCCCUGGAGGAAGAGAAGGAGCGGUUGGCAGAGGAGCUGAGAAAAGCAAAAGCGGAGAGUGAGAAGAGGGCCGCGCAGGAGCGAGCGGCUACUGAGAAGGUGAAGGAGGUGGAGAAAGAACUAGAGCGGUGCCAAAAGAUGCUCAAAGGCAAGGACCGCCUGCUGGAAGGGUACGAGAAGGAGCGGGUGCACCUGACUGCGGUGUUGCAGGAUCUCGAGAACAAGGUGGAAUACCGCACGCGCGAGCUCGAGGCCUUCCAACAAAACGUCGCCGCGGCCACCGAGGACGUCCAGAGCAGCAACGACUCAGACGGUCCCCGGACCAUGGCCGGCGCAUCCCCGAGUCGCGGCGAGGAAGUCGAGUCCAAGCCGCGGGGGCCGCGCAACAUGCACCUCAUGAAGUCGUUCGACAACCCGCUCUCGGACAUGUCGCCGGACGUGAGCCCGACCAGCGGCGGACGUCCGAUGAGCGUAUCGAAGCCGGCGCGGGUAUACGCCAACAGGCUGGUUGAUGAGUCGGUGUAUCCGAGCCCGAACGGCGUGCUGGAAAACCGACCGCGCAGGAUGAGCGUCGACGAGCACCGGAGCUUCCUGAAGCCUGCCGCCGAUCCGGACAUCUCUCAGAUGCACUCGGACAUGGACGCCCUCGCGCGCGAGCUCUCGGACCGGUUCCGGACGGUCACCGAGAAGAAACUAGAGACGGGGCGCUUGGUGGCGGAUCUCCAGCGCCACAACGACAUGAUCGUCGAUCUGCAGCGCAAGAUUGGGAAGGAGGAGGAACUAGGGUUGGGAGAAGACGACUGGCUGAACGGCGGGGUUGAGAAAGAGGACAGCGGGGCCAAGCAGAUUGACGGGACUGCGCAGGCCGCGAUCUUGGCGAAGAAGCUGGAGCAGGUGGCCCUGCAGCGCGAGAUGGACGAGAAGCUGGCGGAGAUCCACCAAGAGCAGACGGAGAUCACGCGCCUCAAGUCCAGGGUUGCCUCACUCGUCGGCAAGGCGCAGGGGGCCGAGAAGGUGGAGCCGUCCACGGUGUUUGUGCAGUCGGACGUCCUGGGCGCGGAGCUGGCCCGCAAGCUGGCGUUCCAGGAGCAGCAGGCCAAUGAGGAAAUUGCCGAGGUGCAGCGCCUCUCAGCCACCUUCCAGCGGGGCUCGCCGCUCUUUGCAAAGGCCCAGGACGAACUUGUCCGGAAGUCGCUGUCGGCCCUCGAUGUGAAGCCCGGGCGGGUGCCUAACGGGCAGAAAAGUGCCAACGAUGUGCACGAAAGGAGGAACGGCGUUCCAAACGACCACUCUCCUUUCGGCAACGGACUGGUAAAGCGGGCGUCCGGCAACCACGUGGGCGAAACAGUUGGGCACGACAGCCACGCCGCGCCCAAAGCCAAUGGUGGGGCUGUCGCACCCGGAUAUUCGGAGAUUGACGAUCACCCGCAGGACGAGCUCGCGCGACUCACGGUCGAAGUCGAACGGGAGCUGUCCCAGGACUUCGCAAAACGGAUGCAUGAGAAUGGUAAUGGAGAUAUGAUGGGAAGCCAGGGGAGUGGGGACAUGGAUGUCGAGGAAGAGGGAGAGGAGAGCGUAGGUGGAGAGGAAGAGGUGGGGGAAGAGCGGUUGGCGGAGGAGGAACAUAAUUGGGGGGAGGCGGAGCUGGAGUCGUCUUUGGCGGAGAUGCUAGAGACCACGCUGGACGAUAUGGUCAGGAUGUGUACGCCGGCUACGAGUCAGGCUAAUACUCCGUUCCCAAACAAGCGGUACUAGUAACAUACGCUGACCUGCUAGACAAAUGGCAUAGGCUUUGAGUAAACAGCUUGUCAUUAACCUCUCAACUUUUGUGUUGCAUGUUGAUAUGUCUUUGAGAUGCACUUGGAGAGAGGCGAAGAGUCCAGGAGCUGUGAUGCAUCGUAGUAGAGCUUAAGAGUGGACAAACUUGAGCAGCUACACUGGUUGCACUGCCAGUGCACACAUGUGGUCCUCCAAACACAAAGCUGAAAACACGACCAACAAGCUGGCAC